AUGCUGGUCAGCGCUCUUCACAUCUCCGGGCACGAAUAUUUACAUGAAAGAUGCCACAGUCGAUUCCUUGGACUUGUCACCUCUGCAAUAUUCGAUCGUUUUCAUACCCUUGAUGACAUUCGUGGGCUAUGCAUUGCAGCUCUUUGGCAACCUGAUUUAAGCUGGAAAUUGAGUGGCUUAUGUAUUCGCAUGGCGACCGAGUUGAAUCUUCACCACGCGUUUUACGAAGCCUUUUAUAACCCCAAUGCCACUGAAGAUACUUGCAAGGAAAAUCUCGAGAAAGCUAGAUUGUGGUACCUCCUCUUUGUUCUGGAUCACCAAUCAAGCAUUGCCUAUGGUCGACCACCGGUGAUGGCUGAGCUAAGGCCGAUCAAAGACUUCGAAGUCCUUCUUAACUCGCCAUGGUGCACGCCAUCAGAUCAGGCACUCAUCGCUCAGGUUACUGGACUAGUGAUCAUGAGUAAAGCUUUCCAGAAUUUUGGUCUUGAGCCUAAAAGAACAAUGGGUAGUGACGAUGCAUCUGUGUUGAACCAUUUUAGGUUCACUGAAGAUUCACGCGUGUGGAAAGACCGCUGGGGUCAUUUGAGGAUGAUCAAUUCGCUAGGAGGCGGCAUUGACCUGCACUACUAUUUCAGCGAGCUGGUAUUGCACUCAUUGGUUCUAAGAGGACGUCCACUGGAGACCCUUCAUGAUCUCCCUACAAGCCUUCGGCCCCUAACGCUUCGGGCAAUUGAGGCGGCUCAUCUGCUUCUCGAGCAUUUUAUCGAGGAGCCAGGGUAUCGCGAGGGAAUUGUAGGAAUGCCACUCUAUAUGCAUUCCAUGAUCGCCUUUGCCGUCGUCUUCCUGAUGAAAAUGUCACGUCGCUGGCAGAUAAUCGGCAUAACAAUAGACCCGGUUCGGCGAACAAGACCUUUGAUCGAAGGCAUAAUCAAGUUACUGCGAGACUGCAAGGCUGGCGCCGGCCAUAUGGUUUUCAGCAUGGCAAAUGGAUUCGAGCGAAUGCUUAAACAGACAAACCCAAAAUCCAGAAAAGGAAUGACGGAUCAGACCCCACGAGCAAAAUACCCGGUUAAUUCAUGGUCAGAUAGACCGAGUGAUGAGCAAAGGGACUUUCCUGAAAUACCAGCUUACGCUCUUGGGAAUCAUCCAGUUGAGACCGGCAUUCAAUUUAAUAGAAGCCCUGAAUAUAAUAUUCAACUAACGCCAGACGUUUCUCCUUACAACAACUGGGGCUUUCAAGACGAAGAACUAUGGAGUUUUGGCAUGGGGUACGAUCUUCUUGCCCCUGGGGGGUGA